AUGCUGCCAGCAACAACCGCAGACCUAAAUCACGACUUCUUUGAGUUGAUAGCUUCCAUCAUCGGAACAUUACUCGGUCUUCUAGCCAUCAUCACCCUUUGCCGUGGACGACAAUCAGUAACAGCUUGGAUAGUCAGGCACUACCAAGCCUUCCAGCAGGUACAAAGAAUUCUACGAAACGUAACCCCCGACCUCCCCUUCCAUGACAUCCCCCCCUCCAUCAGAACGUCCUUCUUCCCGCAAGGGCGACCCUUAUCAGAAACCCAGAAUAACGACUCGGAUACAAGGAGCCUUCAUGAGGAAGAAGGAUCCCAAGACCACCACUCUGCGUUCACAGGAUUCCGGAACCCAUGGACGACGAACGUCACUCAGGAGCCCGCAGAGGUCUCCAACUACGUCACUCCAGCAGGUUCCCCUGAGCAUCCUGCCUCCCCAAUUCCCUCAGGGAUUGGAAACCGUGCUCGGGACUCCCUUGAUGCCACUCAGAUGGCUACGAGAUCCUGCCAAAGCCAUAACUCCCCCAGAACCCCCCCGCGACCCCCACCGAGCCCAACUCCGGCUCCAGCCAGUCCGUCAGUAGAAUGGGGGUCGAGGACCCAUACAGAAGGACCAUCCACCCUGACUACGCAAACGCGGAGAUUGCCAUCUCCACAGCCGGGGACCCCUAUCGACAUCUCCAUGUGGGCAGCGAGCCCGAGGUUGGGACGGCCAGCGAGCGAGGGAGGGCAGCCCGGUGACAUGCCCUCUCCUCGUUCAGGCAUGUAA